CCUACCCCUGUUUUUUCACACAGCUUGACGUGCGUCAGCUGCCUAUUAUAUGGCUCUGGUCUCUGGACCACCCUGUAACAGUCCCAUUUAGCAAUGGAAGCUCUGCAGUCAUCCUUUCUCCACUCCACCAUUCCCUUAAGCAACCCAUCUUCAAGUUAUCUGAAGAACCCUAAAUUCAAACGGCCCAAAGUUUCAUGCUCCCUCAGGCCCGACCCGUGGACCCUCAGCGACGGCAACGACAAGAACCUCAACAAGCCGAAACCGAAGCACAAGAAUCCCAAAAACCCACUAUCCGACGACAACGCGCGCCGCAUAAUCAAAGCCAAGGCCCGGUACCUGAGCGUGCUGAGGCGCAACCAGGGCUCACAAGCUCAGACCCCGAAAUGGAUCAAGAGGACGCCGGAGCAGAUGCUGCAGUACCUGGAGGACGACCGGAAUGGUCACCUGUACGGAAAACAUGUAGUCGCCGCAAUUCGAAUUGUUAGGAGCCUUUCUUCUAAGCCUCAAGGGUCGUAUGAUAUGAGGAAAGUCAUGGGUUCUUUUGUCGCUAAGCUUACUUUCAGAGAGAUGUGCGUUGUGCUGAAAGAGCAAAGGGAUUGGAGACAAGUCAGAGACUUUUUCGCUUGGAUGAAAAUGCAGUUAUCCUAUCAGCCUAGUGUGGUUGUGUAUACACUUGUUCUUCGCGCGUACAGCCAAGUGGGUAAAAUUAGACUUGCUGAACAAACCUUUUUGGAAAUGCUUGAAGCAGGGUGUGAACCUGAUGAAGUUGCUUGUGGCACGAUGCUCUGCGGGUAUGCUAAAUGGGGGCGUCACAAAGCUAUGUUGUCAUUCUUUUCUGCUGUACAACAAAGAGGAAUAACACCCUCCGCUGCAGUCUUCAACUUUAUGAUUUCUUCUUUGCAGAAAAAGAAUCUCCAUGGCAAUGUUAUAGAUAUAUGGAACCAUAUGAUAAAUAAUCGCGUUGUUCCCAACCAUUUUACGUAUACAAUUGUUAUUGCCUCUCUUGUGAAAGGUGGUCAUGCUGCGGAAGCUAUUAAAACUUUUAAGAAGAUGAAAAGUUUGGGAUUUGUUCCUGAAGAGGUAACUUAUUGCCUUCUCAUCAGUUUAAGUUCCAAGAUUGGAAACCAUGAUGAAUCUUUUGGUCUUUAUGAUGAAAUGAGAUCACAUGGGAUCAUUCCAAGUAAUUUCACCUGUGCUUCACUUCUGGCAGUAUAUUACAAAAAUGAGGAUUAUCCUAAAGCCCUUACCCUCUUUGCGGAAAUGAAGAAGUAUAAAAUUAUUGCAGAUGAGGUCAUAUAUGGUUUGAUUAUCCGUAUAUAUGGAAAGCUAGGUCUUUAUCAAGAAGCUCAAGAUACUUUUGAUGAAAUUGAGAAACUGGGGAUGCUUAGUGACGAGAAAACUUAUACAACAAUGGCACAAGUCCAUAUGAGUGCUGGGAAUACUGACAAAGCUUUGCAAAUAAUGGAACUGAUGAAGUCAAAAAACCUCUUAUGUUCAAGAUAUGCAUAUAGUGUCAUGUUACAGUGUUAUGUCAUGAUGGGAGACUUGCCCUCCGCUGAAGACACUUUUAGGAGUCUAUCUAAAGUUGAACUUCCAGAUCCUGUUUCUUGCGAUAACAUGCUGAAUUUGUAUAUGAGACAGGGAUUAGCUGAAAAAGCAAAGGAGUUUAUCUUCCAGAUAAGAAAAAACAAUGUCGAAUUUGAUGAACAACUCCUUAAGACAGUAAUGAAGGUUUAUUCCAAGGAGGGAAUGGUAAUAGAUACAGAGAAGUUGCUAGAAGAGCUAACUACAAGCAAGAUAUUUGAGGAUAGUAAACUUUGUCAAACACUUCUUAUGGCCACAAGGGGAACGUGGGAUAGAUGGGUUGAAGUGGAAAAUGCUUCAACGGCUUUUGAGCUAAGUCUGACCCUGAUGCUGGCAGAUGGGAAUAAUGAGAAGGCACAAGAAAUAUUGGGAACACUGAUCAAGGCUCCAAAUGGCUUGUCCGUAGCAAGUCAAGUUUUGAAGAGCUUUGCCAGAGAGGGUGACAUAUCAAAAGCAGAGAACCUUCUUGAGUUGAUAAUGAAGCUAGGCUGCAACCCUGAUGAAUCUGCUAUCGCACAUAUGAUAAGAUUGUAUGGAAAGCAACAUAAGCUGAGACAUGCUGAAAAAAUCUUUGCCACAUUAGCAGACUCGACAAGAAAUGUAACACUUCUGUAUGAUGCCAUGAUUGAUGCAUAUAACAGAUGUGACAAACAAGAGGAAGCAUACUUGUUUUACAAGAAGGUUAUUAACAAAGGAAGUGUUGUGGGUCCUAUUGCCAUUAGCAUGGUCGUGAAUGCGUUGACCAACUGUGGCAAAUAUAAGGAAGCGGAAGAUGUCAUACAUAUCACUUUUGAAGCCAAUGUUGAGAUUGAUACUGUGGCGUAUAAUACAUUCAUCAAGGCAAUGCUAUCAACAGGCAAGUUAAACUUUGCAGCUAGCAUUUAUGAACGCAUGGUUUCGUUGAAGAUUGAUCCAUCAAUUCAGACAUAUAACACUAUGAUCAGUGUGUAUGGACGAGGUAGAAACCUGGAUAAAGCCGUGGAGAUGUUUAACAUGGCCCGAAGCAAGGAAAUACCUCUGGACGAAAAAGCCUAUACCACUAUGAUAUGCUACUAUGGAAAGGCUCGGAAAAUUCAUGAGGCAUCAACCCUAUUUACCAAAAUGCAGGAAGAAGGGAUAAAACCCGGCCAGUUGUGCUACAGCAUUAUGAUGAAUGCAUAUGUUUCUGCUGGAUCUUAUCAUCAUGAAGCAGAAGAAGUUUUCCAUAGCAUGCAGAGAAAUGGUAUUCAACCUGACACCACUACUUACCUUGCACUUAUCCGCGCAUAUGUGAUGGGGUCAGAGUAUGACAAGGCAGAGAAGGCAAUCACAUCAAUGCAAAACGGAGGUGUCGCUCUUUCGUGUGCUCAUUUCAAGGUCUUACUAGCUGGGUACGCAAAAAAUGGGCGUAUAAAGGAGUCUGAAAGGAUAUAUAGUGACCUUAGAAAAGCUGGGUUAGAGCCUGAUAUUCAUUGCAACCGUAGUAUGCUCAGAGGGUACAUGGAUUGUGGGCAUGUAGAGGAAGGCAUAUCUUUUUUUGAGAGCAUAAGAGACUCUGUUGAAAGAGACAAGUUAAUUUUGAGUAUGGCUGUGCAUUUGUACAAGUCGGCGGGCAUGGAACUCAAAGCUGAAGAAGUUUUGAGGUCUAUGAACAGUUUGGGGAUUCGAUUCCUGAAAAGACUUGAAGUUGGAGCUAAAUAAAAAUUUUUGCUGAUUUAUAAGCUUGUUUUCAUGCAAGUGCAUGUGCCUGCUAGCAAAUUAGAUUUUCUAUUGUUGCUGUUUUUGUUGUGUUUCUUUUGUCUUAUUGCUGUGUUUCUUAUGGAUCUCUAAUAGAGAUCCAUAAAAUAAGCAUAUAUGUUUACAAAAUAGUAGGCUCUUCACAUCAAAAUCUAUUUGUUGAAGCAACAUAAAAACACA